AUGGUUGACCCAGACGCAAGCGAAUGGCUCAAGAAACAACAACGUGCAUCACGAAAAACACGUUUAAUAGUAUCUACGGCGGGGAUACUUGUAAUAGCUGCGGUACUUGCUGGUGUUAUCUAUACUCUUAUUCAUAAAGGAACUACUGGUGGUGCUGUAGGAAGUUCCGAUAAUGGAAAUGAUGGAAAUAAUGCUGGAAAAGGUGCCAAUAUUCCCUCAAACCCCGACGGACCUUAUUAUACUAAUGAUGGUAAACCUGUGAGUUUAUCAAUAACUCCUGACCCCCGACUACAUAAAUCCUUUUAUGGCGUGAACUAUGGACCGAUUCUCGCCCUCUAUCCUUGGUGUACCAAUACUUUGGGUGAUACGAUAGAGGAUCUUAAAAUUUUAUCUCAGCUAACAAAUCGUUUAAGACUUUAUGGAAUGGAUUGUAAUAUGGCGAAUUAUACUCUUCUGGCGAUUGAAUUAUUAAAACUAAACAUGACUGUUGUACCCACAAUAUGGGUGGAUGGAAAUGAAACUACAUAUACAAGACAAUACAAUGACUUCUUUAAUAAUCUAGAUCAACAUGGGAUUUCUAGAAUCGAGGGAGUUUCUGUCGGAAAUGAAGCAUUAUUCCGUAAACAAGUCACCCCCAGUGACUUAUAUUCACGUAUUGCCGAUGUAAAAAGUAAAAUACAAGCCAAAUAUCCCAAUUCAAAAAUCCCAGUAUUCACAUCCGAUAUCGGAUCGAAUGUAGAUCAAGCAUUCAUAGCCGGAACCGAUGUAGUAUUUGCAAAUGUACACCCAUACUUUGGUGGUGUGCCCGUCAGCACUGGAGCAAACUGGACAUUCGAAUUCUUUCAUAAUUUUGAUUCGGGACCAGCUGCAGCAGCAGGAAAACCUGCCGUAAUUUCGGAAAUUGGAUGGCCGACGAACGGUGCAUCAGAUAAUGCAUCAAUCGCCAGCGUCGACAAUUUACAGACAUUUUUGGAUACUUAUGUUUGUGUUGCUAACCAAAAACAAAUAAAAUAUUAUUAUUUUGAAUCGUUUGAUACGCCCUGGAAGGCAGCUUACUUCACAACACUUGAGGGAAGCUGGGGAUUGUUUAACUCUGAUAGAUCAUUUAAACCCAAUAUACAACUUCCAAAUUGUCAGGUGACUGCCGGUGGGAUAACAUCAAUGUGA